GGCAAAAAGGUUCCACAUUUCUCAAUCCCUCAGACAGCAACAAAACUUCUAUAUCCCCGCUAUUUCCAAACAACACUAAGGCUACGAUGGACCCAUUCUCGUCCGAAGGGGAGCUCCUGACCAUCCACAACGCCUUUCAUGGAGGACAAUAUUCGGCCGUGAUUAACCAUGAUACCUCAGGCUUAUCGGCAGAAAAUAGUAUUCCAUCAACAGUUUACAAGCUACGUUCCCAGAUUGCUAUUGGUCAGGCAGAAGAGGUAGCAAUCGAGCUUGAGGGACAAGAUAACCCGGAUCUAGCUGUUCUGAAGGCAUUUGCAGAAUACAGCCAGGGGAGCACAGAGAACGCUGUGAAAAUAGUCGAAUCGCUCGUGGGAUCGUCUUCAGAUAACGCUACCGUCCAAAUUAUCGGAGCUACGAUAUUGCAUGCGGAGGGAAGAAGCGAGGAGGCUCUCACCCUACUUAGCAGGCAUCAGGGAAGUUUAGAAGCUGUAGCCUUGGUUGUGCAAAUCCGUCUUUCGCAAAACCGGACAGACCUUGCGCUUAAGGAAGUGUUGAAUGCUAAACGAUGGGCACAGGACAGUUUGCUGGUCAAUCUUGCUGAAUCAUGGGUUGGCCUACGUAUUGGUGGUGAGAAAUAUCAGCAGGCGUAUUAUGUCUAUGAGGAACUGGCUCAAACCCCUUCCACCUCUGCACCGCGCACCCUAAUCGGCCAGGCUGUUGCUGAACUCCAUCUCGGGAGAUUACCGGAAGCAGAGGUUGCCUUGCAGCAAGCCCUUGAAAAGAACCCGAAACAUGAAGACGCCCUUGCAAACAUGAUUGUUCUCUCAAUCCUCGCCGGGAAAGAAAUUGACGAAUAUCUCAGCUCAUUGCAAAACACGGCGCCAAGCCAUCCCUUCCUAACUGAUGUCGCUCAGAAGAGCGAAUUGUUUGAUAAGUCUGCGGCAAAAUAUAGGGCCAAAGCAUGAGUUUGAGGUGGUGUUUGAUCUCUUAAAAAAAUUAUCCCGAAAUAUCAUAAUCAAAUGCCCCACGGCUUUCCCAUGGGGCGGUCUUA